AUGUUACAGGCCAACACUCAUCACAUCCAAAAUGGGAAAUUCUACCAGCAAACCGUCGAGGCCUUGGAGGCCAAACGAGCCGGGCGAGCUAACAGCGAGAUGGACGAUGAGGGUCUCUUCCAGAAGUUAAAGGUGCCGAAGCUGGCGCCAGAGGAUAGGCAGGCUAUUGCGGUGGAGCGGCAGAAAUAUGAGAGUCCGCUUAAGAUGACGCCUGGCGAUGGAGAUGGGGGAGAUGGCACAGGGUUGGAAGAGAAGUCUAUCGCGGGACGUAAGAAGAUGCCUGUGUCGUCGACGCCGCAGAAGGAGGAUGUAGUGGUUGAGGAGGAGCUGAAUGCUAUUUUGAAGAGGUCGCCUAUAAUAAUAUUCUCUAAAAGCUUCUGCCCCUACAGCUUCAAAGCCAAAUCCAUCAUCCUAAACAUGUACAAAAUCGUCCCGGCCCCUUUCGUCGUCGAGCUCGACAUGCACCCGCUGGGCAGCCAACUGCAGCAAAUCCUCGCGGGAAACACGGGCCGGAGCACCGUGCCUAACGUCCUCGUUAACGGGAUGACGAUUGGUGGCAGCGAUGAGAUUGAGGGCUUGCAUGCGCGGAAUGAAUUGGCGGGCAAGAUACAGACGUUGGGGGGGAAGAGGGUUAUGGAGAUUUCGUUGGUGCGGGUAUGA